AUGUCGAAGGAGUUCAUUAUCAAGCACAUGAACGCCGAUCAUGGCGAUUCUCUGCAGCUCUAUCUCCAAGCAUUCAACAAGAUCAGUGCCCGCGAGGCGCGCAACGCUCAGAUCGAAGACCUCACCCUCUCCAGCCUUAUCCUCAAAGCCAACGGCACCCGCUACCACGUCCCCAUCGAGCCUGCCAUGAAAGAUUUCACCGAAGCCCGUGGUCGUUUGGUCGCACUGCACAAGGAAAGCCUCUACCGCCUGGGCCGCUCCGAAAUCACCCUGACGGAGUACCGGGCUCCACAGGGAUUCCUCCAAAUCGCGAUUUUUGGGCUUACCUUUUUCACAUACGUAACUUGUUUCCAGCAGAGCAACCUGCUGCCGGGCGCAUUCGUUUACGAAAACUUCGGCUACAAGUACGUCCCUGACUUCGCCCACUUUGUCUACAAUAUCCAGCCAUUCUUGUUCCCUGCUGUCACGGUGAUUCAUACUCUCGAGACAAUUUUACUCGCUGUCCUUAAGUUGAAGCCGCACGGCGUUCCGGUCUUGUCUGGGCUGUGGUGCAAGUGGGCGGCUUCGUGUUUUAUAGAGGGGUAUGGGUCUUUCCGACGGAUUGAUCAGUUUGUGAAGGAGCAGGAGGCGAAGAAGGACGGAAAGAAAGAGUAG